AUGUGGUUCCUGGCUAUAUGCCUAGCCCUGAGCUUGGCAGGGUCUGGUAUCCCGAUCAAUACCCGCAUCAUCGGUGGUUGGGAAUGUGAGAAGAAUUCAAGGCCCUGGCAGGCUUUUGUGUCUUUAACCUAUGAGAAUGACACUUAUGACUGUGGAGGUGUCCUUGUGCACCCACAGUGGGUGCUCACAGCUGCACACUGCAAUGGAGAAAAUUAUGAGGUCUGGCUGGGACUGUAUAAUCUGCCAUUGGAUGUAGCCAAAGGCCAGCAUGCUCGGGUCAGCGCUAAGUUCCCACACCCUCUCUACAUGCCGGAAAAGUCGACCUACCGAAAACAAAGCAGGCUGGCGAACUUGAUCAUGGAAGACAGAAUCUUCCAGAGGGACGAAAGUCACGACCUCAUGCUGCUACGUCUGGAGAAGCCUGUCCAGCUGACGGAUUCGGUGAAGGUCCUGGACCUGCCUACCAGGGAGGCCCCGGUGGGGAGCACCUGCUCGGCCUCGGGCUGGGGAUUAAACAAACCAGACGAAGAAUUCAUUGCACUAAAGAUGCAGUGUGUGGAACUCACUCUUCUGUCCAACGACGUGUGUGCCCAUGCCUACUGGUCACAUAAAGUCACCGACUUCAUGCUGUGUGCUGGAAACAUGGAGGGUGGCAAGGAUGUCUGCAGGGGUGAUUCAGGGGGCCCACUCAUCUGUGAUGGGAUGUUUCAAGGAAUCACAUCCUUGAUUGGCUGGCCAUGUGCCAAGCCCAAACAACCCAGCGUCUUCGUCCGAAUAUUCUCCUACGUCGACUGGAUCCGUGGGACCAUGGCAAAGAACAGUUAG